AUGGCCAAUAGAUGUCAGCUGAGUGGACCACUAGUAAAUAAGAAGACUCUCUCUCUCCAAUCGAGGGGAGGUUACAACGAUAAAAAGAAAAAAAAGAAAAAGUGGAGCAAGGGUCCACAACCUCCAUUAACCCUCUCGCUGAGAAAUAAAGGAAAGAAAGAAACGGAAAACUCUUCUUCACUCACAAACCACCAUAUUCUUAAACACCUCAUUUUCUUCACCACAUCACAGCCACGCAAGCCUACCACCCAGCUUUCGCCACUUUCACACUAUCGUUGUUGCACAUCAUUUCCUCACCUGCACGCGUCUACCACAAACGUCGACACCUCAACAACCCCACACAUCAUCACACCACUCCCCCAACCUCCGUCAGAAUACAUGCCAUCAAAACACCGUCAUCACACCACUCCACCAACCUCCAUCGGAAUGCACAUCAUCAAAACACUGUUAUCACAACCACCAUCCCAAACCCUCCGUCGCCGGCGAGACCCCCUUAAACACCAAAACCACCGCCGCGGUAAAACCCCUCCUCCAACAACCUUCACGGCGAAACAACCUACAACAACAACAACUUCCAGCCGACCUCCAUUCGCGCCGCGAACAAACUUCACACCUUCGGCCUCGCCAGCGAAUCCGAAUCACCGUACAAUGUUGCUUUUGGAGGAUGUUCAUAUGCAGUUAAGUCCAACUUUGUUCAAAUAUUUGUCAUCAAUAUGGUUGUGGUAG